AUGAACAAUUAUCUUUAUGGAUAGAACUGUAAUAAUAUUAAUUAAUACUUUUAGAAUAGGUUAUAAUUUAACAAUUGUUCUAUAAGAUAGAGUAGUUAAUGGCAGAAAUAUAAAAAUUAACUAACUUUUCCAAUCAAUUAAUAUUGAAUCUGUAAACUUAAGAAAAUUAAUACAAUUCCCUUAAAAUGUAGUUUAACGAUGUCUGGGGUUAAUUAAAUGAGCAAUAGAAGAUCUGGUUUAAUCUAAAGAACAAUACCUAGCAUUACACUUUGUCAAAUGAAGCAUUUGUGAUGUCAAAUUUAAUAACAGACAUAAAAAGUAGGGUAUCAGAAAUAUAGGAAAUUAAUUUGUAUUAAAAUGACUAUCCAAAACAGAAAAAAUGUCAAUUGUGCUCAGAGAAAGAUUACACAAUAGGUAAUCUGAAGGCUUAAUUAUAAAAAUAGGCAGAGAUUUUAUUGAAAUUACAAUGUAUAAAUAUAAACCAAAUCUUAGUUGAUAGCCAACCUACAAAACCAUAAACUUAAAAUUGUUUUACUAAUUAUUCUAAUCAAAGAACCCAUACAGAAGGUUUAACAAGAUAAAGAUUUACCUCUCAAAAACUAUUCCAAAGUAAUUUAACUACAACAACAGCACCAGGCUCAAAAUAUUGA